CCAUGAAUUCAAACAAGUAUCAAAGCAGGGGAUGCUGAUUAGCAAGGUUGGGCCCAGAAAUCCUAAUCAAACAAGUGGAUUGGAGGUAAAAAAGGGGUAUCAUUUGACAACCCAAUAAGCCCAAUUGUACUUGGAUUUCGGUUUCAGGCUUUCAGAAUUCAGCUCAGGAUCUUUGCAUGCCAAGCUAGUUCUAAUAAGCUCCGACUGCCUACAAUGGAGGACAAUGCGAUAGGCCCACUUUCCCUGUUUUUUAAGCCCAUAAUCUUAACCAUUAAUUGUGGUCCAUUAAGCCCAAUACGUAAAUUCUGGUGUUAGCCCGCGAUUUUCUGCAUGCCGAAGCUUUGCCACAGCGCCGCCGUUUUCUUCCAUCCCCUUCAUCACCGAGUUUACUCACCACGCCAACGGCAGCCGUUUGCACGCUCACGUCUCAGUUCCUCUAAAACCCACCGAAAACCCAAACCCUGAACAAGAAAUACAUAAGAAAUCCCAAACAUGUCCCCAUCUUCACUCUCAGCUCGCCUCACCCUGCUGGCCCUCCUCUCCGCCACCACUUUUUACUUCCUCUACAAGUCCCGCCGCCGCCUAAAACCCCUCAGACAACUCCCUAUAAACCCCAAUCCUAGAAAAGGCAAGCUCUUUUUCAUCACUCAAACAGGAACAUCCAAAGCCUUGGCCCAACGCCUUCUCAACCUCCUCUCCUCCAACAAUAUCCCGUUCGACCUCGUCGAUCCCCAAAACUACGAGCCCGAGGACCUCCCUAAGGAAUCCCUGAUCCUUAUCAUCGCUUCGACGUGGGAAGAUGGAAACCCUCCUCAAGGCUCAAAGUUCUUCGUCAAUUGGCUCGCAGAAAUCAGCACCGAUUUUCGCGCCGGGAAUUUGUUACUCUCCAAUUGUAAAUUCGCCGUCUUUGGAGUCGGGAGCCGGGUGUACGGAGAAACGUUUAAUGCGGUGGCGAGGAAUUUGGGGAAGAGGUUGAGAGGGUUGGGGGCGACGGAGAUGGUGGCAGUUGGGGAAGGUGACGUGGAUGGGGGUGCAUUAGAGAGUGUCUUUAAAGAGUGGAGUGAAAAAGUAGUCAGGGUUUUGAAAGGAGGAUUGGUGGUGGAGAAUGAGAAUGGAAUUGUUUACGCUAGUGAUGCUGAAAGCUUUGAAAGUGACGAUGAUGAUAAUGGUGGUGGAGGAGGAGAGGAAGAAAUUGUUGAUCUCGAAGAUAUUGCAGGCAAAGGGCCGUCGAGGAAGAAGUCGGUUAAUGUGGCUGAAACUAAUGGAAAAAUGGAUGGGAAAAGAGAGAUGGUGACUCCAGUUAUCAGAGCCAACUUGGAGAAGCAGGGAUAUAAAAUUAUUGGUUCACAUAGUGGUGUUAAAAUCUGUAGAUGGACCAAGUCACAACUUAGAGGACGAGGAGGUUGCUACAAGCACUCAUUUUAUGGGAUAGAGAGCCAUAGAUGCAUGGAGGCUACCCCUAGUUUGGCAUGUGCCAACAAAUGUGUUUUUUGCUGGAGGCAUCACACAAAUCCUGUAGGAAAGAGUUGGCAGUGGAAGAUGGAUGAUCCCUUAGAGAUUGUCAAUACUGCCAUAGAUCUUCAUACCAAGAUGAUUAAGCAAAUGAAAGGAGUUCCCGGUGUUACACAAGAGCGAUUGACAGAAGGUCUAACUCCUCGGCACUGUGCCUUAUCACUUGUUGGUGAACCCAUUAUGUAUCCAGAGAUUAAUAUGCUAGUGGAUGAGCUGCACCGAAGGCGAAUCUCUACCUUUUUAGUAACUAAUGCACAGUUCCCUGAUAAAAUCAAAAUGCUGAAGCCUAUAACCCAGUUAUAUGUGAGUGUAGAUGCUGCAACCAAGGAUAGCUUGAAGGCAAUUGAUAGGCCACUCUUUGGGGACUUCUGGGAAAGAUUCAUUGAUUCCUUGAAAGCUCUCAGAGAUAAACAACAACGAACUGUUUAUCGCUUGACUCUCGUGAAAGGGUGGAAUACAGAAGAUGCAGAUGCUUAUUCUAAACUAUUUAGCAUUGGGAAGCCUGAUUUUGUUGAAAUCAAAGGCGUAACAUACUGUGGAUCUUCUGCCACCUCAAAGUUGACAAUGGAGAAUGUGCCUUGGCAUUCUGAUGUGAAGGCUUUCUCAGAGGCAUUGGCUCUGAAAAGUGAAGGGGAGUAUGAGGUAGCAUGUGAACAUGCACACUCGUGCUGUGUCCUCUUGGCCAAAACAGAUAAGUUCAAGGUCAAUGGCCAAUGGUAUACAUGGAUAGACUACGAAAAAUUCCAUGACCUGGUGGCUUCAGGUGAACCUUUCGACAGUGCGGACUACAUGGCUCUCACUCCAUCCUGGGCUGUCUAUGGAGCUGAAGAAGGUGGAUUCGAUCCUGAUCAGUCUCGGUACAGAAAGGAGCGACAUCACAAGUCAAAUCGCUGAGCAAGUUGGAGAUUUGUGUUUUUUAUUAGCCAAUAUAUCUAUUUUUACUAGCAAGCAUUCUUUGCAUUUCAACAGGUUUGCUUUAGUUUGGCCAUACGUAAUGAAAAAAGUUCUGAUCAAAUGAUAGUUUUCUGCGUGCAGGCUGUAGCUCUGUUGUAUCCAACAAUUUUGACGUUAGUUUGGCUAUACGUGUUUGAUGGUUCA